GGUAAAAUAUUGGGAUCCUGAUAACGAAAAGGACGAUGUAACCAUUGAGGGUCAGAACGCUCUUGUAGUAUCAAGAUUGACGAUGGAAAAUAGUGCUCUGAUCGAUCUGGGACCUAACGUUCGAGAUAAACCGAUUAGAAGCAUAAUUAUAA